AUGAUGCUCUCCUUGAUCUUGCUUCUGGCCGUGGGGCUGCCCCUGGAGGCCACCAACCUCACCCAGCCCCUCUCAGAGACCGACCCGACCCGGCCCCUCGCAGAGACCAACCCGACCCGGCCACUGGCAGAGACCGACCUGACCCGGCCCCUCGCAGAGACCGAGCCAACCCAGCCCCUCACAGAGACUGGCCUAACCCGGCCCCUCACAGAGACCAGCCCAACCCGGCCCCUCGUAGAGACUGACCCCAUCCAGCCUCUGGCAGAGACCAACCUCACUGACUCUCCAAGGUGGACGUUCAACUUGAUCUGCUAUAACUGUGCAAUGCUAAACACCUUCUCUUGCACCAACAUGCUCACCUGUGAGUAUGACAUCAGGCGCUGCAUGACCAUCUCCAUUCGGUUGAACGCUCGUGAGCUCCUUGUUUACAAGAACUGCACGUUUAACUGCACCUUUGUGUACCCCGCCGAAGUGCCCCCUGAGACACCGCGAAGAAUCACCAGAAGUACAAACUUCUAUUAUGUCCGUUGCUGUAGUGGUAUGCGCUGCAAUGAAGGAGGCCCGACCAACACUGAGCGGGACAUGCUGCCCAUCCAGCCUGUUGAGGAGGAGCUGCCGGAGGGGGCUGCGCGCCUGGGAGAACCAGCCCUGCCCCUCAGCCUCGCUUCUCUCCUCCUGAGCUCCACGCUGACUUGA